UUAUUAUUUACUCAUCCCCAUCUAUUUAUUAUUAUAUACCCUCAUCUCUCCCUUUCACCAUCCCCACCACCAUGAAAGAGCUCUGGACAACCAUGGCCUCUCUCAUGGGCGUUUUAGCCUUCUCCCAAACCCUCCUUCACACCGUCGUCCCACCCGAGCUCCGUUUCGCCUUUCUCAAGCUCUUUCAGCGGUUAUUCAACUGUUUCUCGUCUUACUGUUAUUACGAGAUAACAGAGAUUGACGGCGUUAAUACAAACGAGUUGUAUAACGCCGUGCAACUUUAUUUAUCGUCCUCGGCUAGUUCGACCACCGCGGGUACGACUUCCAGUUCCAACCGGCUGUCGCUUACCCGCGGGUUGAACUCGUCGGCUAUUACUUUUGGUCUCGCGAACAACGACCGUCUGUCUGAUGUGUUCAACGGCGUCUCCGUUGUGUGGGAACACAACGUGACGCCGCGACAAUCGCAGACGUUCUCGUGGCGGCCAUUGCCUGAGGAGAAGCGUGGCUUCACGCUUCGGAUUAAUAAAAGAGAUCAACCUGGUAUUCUUGAAGAAUACCUUGAGUUCAUCACUAACAAAGCGAUGGAAAUCAGGAGGAAGAAUCAAGACAGGUUGUUGUACACGAAUUCCCGUGGCGGAUCUCUCGACUCGCGAGGGCAUCCGUGGGAAUCCGUGCCGUUUAAACAUCCCAGCACGUUUGACACCUUGGCGAUGGAUCCAAUAAAGAAGAGAGAGAUAAUGUGUGACCUACGCGACUUCGCGGACGGCCAGGCGUUUUAUAAACGCACUGGCCGUGCGUGGAAACGUGGGUACCUUUUGUACGGUCCACCCGGGACCGGCAAGUCGAGCAUGAUCGCCGCAAUGGCGAAUUUCCUCGGGUACGAUAUUUACGAUCUCGAGUUGACCGAGGUCAACACAAAUUCAGAGCUGCGAAAGUUGUUGAUGAAAACGAGUUCGAAGUCAAUAAUCGUGAUCGAAGACAUUGACUGUUCGAUUAAUCUCACAAAUCGUAAAAAAAGCAAUGGCACUGGUGCCCGAAACGACAGUGUUUCGGACACCAGAUCCGGAUCUCCGGGUAUACCAAUACCCGGGGAUCCAGAUAACAACAAUGGAGGGAACAACUCCAUUACGUUAUCCGGUCUGUUAAACUUUACAGACGGGUUAUGGUCGUGUUGCGGGUCAGAGCGGAUAUUCGUCUUCACAACGAAUCAUAUCGACAAACUUGACCCGGCAUUGCUACGAAGCGGGCGAAUGGAUAUGCACAUCCAUAUGAGCUACUGCUCAUUUCCCUCACUAAAAAUAUUGUUAAAAACUUACUUAGGGUGCGAGCCGGGCGACAUCUCGCCCGACGUUUCAAGCGAUCUAGCGGCUGUGAUCGACGAGGCGGAGAUGACACCGGCAGAUAUAAGUGAGGUGUUGAUAAAAAACCGGCGAGAUAAUGACAAGGCGUUGAGGGAGUUGUUAGAGGUGUUGAGGAAAAAAAAGUCAGUGAAUAGGCGGUUGCGGCGGCGGCGGUUGGUGGCGGACGUGGAGGACGAGGCGGAGGAGAAGAGGGCGUUGGAUAGUCCUAAAGAAGGUGGUGGUGCGGCGAAUGGUGGUGGUGGUGAUGACGUGGAGGUAAAUUAUAAGAAAAGUGAAGAAGAGGAUAAUGGGAUUGAUUAAUUGAUAAAAUAAGAUUAGUUUGUUAAUUAAUCAUCUUUGUUUUUGUAAGUUUUGGGCCAUUGGAAUUUUGGUGGGGCAUAUUGAAAUUUUGAGAAUUAAAAAAAUACAUGUUUGAUC